AUCAUUGACUUCACAGGAACAGGUAGACCUGACGGGGACAGUAUGAAAUACACAGCAAUCUUACAGAUCGCUCGCAUUUACUACCCAAUACUUGCUGCUGUCGGCAUUGUCGUUAAUUUCGUGGGAAUUGUGAUUCUGAAUCAAGGCAAUUGUGGGCUCUCAACAUGCAUCACACGCUAUAUGCUGGCAAUGUCUUCAGCAGAUUUACUUCUCAUCAUCCUGAACGUUAUACUAAGCAGAAUUAACAAUCUUUCUUUCCCCAUUACUUUCUUGUCCAUCACUCCUGUGUGUGCCCUCAGGCUUGUUCUGUUCAUGGCAGCCAUGGACUGUUCAGUUUGGUUCACCGUUGGUUUCACAUUUGAUCGCUUUGUAGCGAUAUGUUGCCAGAAGCUAAGAACAAGGUACUGCAAGAAGAAAACUGCACUUGUGGUUAUAAUAACUGUAAGUCUAGUUGGCUCUUUGCGGUCUAUUCCUUGCUAUUUUAUAUUCACUCCUGCAUUCGUUAUUGACAAUGUACCAUGGUUUUGUAUCGCAAGAUCAGACUAUUAUACAUCAUUAUCUUGGAAAGUGUACGUUUGGAUUGACACUGUAAUUACACCGGUGCUUCCAAUAGUAAUCAUCUUGGUGUUCAAUGCUCUAACAGUCAGGCGUAUAAUAACAGCCAACCAUAUUCGCUGUCGUCUCCAACUUCGGGGACAUGGACUGAAUAAUUCUGAUCCAGAGGUGGCAAACAGGAGAAAAUCCAUCAUCUUGCUCUUUGCCCUGUCCGCCAAUUUUAUCCUGUUGUGGAUGCCAUAUGUCAUACGCGCUUUGAUCUGGCAAGAAGUAAACUAUAAUUAUGAUGACAAGACUUUUAAUGAUCCAAUAUUUGUCUUUCAAGAAAUCGGAUUCAUGUUACGGCUUCUGAAUUCAUGCACCAACACCUGUGUAUACGCUCUAACACAGACACAAUUCAGGGAGGAGUUAAUCAAUGGAGCGAAAUAUCCGUUUGCUCGAAUGGGUAAACUGUGCAAACAGGUAUGCAGGUCGGACCUCCACUUGAAGGUGCAUUUCCAGUCAUAAAACAGCAUCUCCACAUUGAUUGAUCUUGAGUAAUUUCGCUGGCAGCAUGAAAUGAAAAGACACCCAUCUCCUCAGAGAUUCUCGUUCAUCAGAUUGGAAAUGCUCUGCUAUGCUGAAAAGA